UCCACUAGUAGAGGCACAAGCCUGGAAUAGUAAACGGCAUAGCCAUCCCUUUCAAAGCAAAGCAAAGCAAUCGCACAUCAGUCUCAUUUAGUAUCGAAUCUGAACCAUUCCAAGCACAAUUACAAUCAUGAGCGGACGCGGCAAAGCAGGAAAAUCGAAGGGAGGCAAAUCCAAGACCAGGUCGUCCCGCGCCGGACUCCAGUUCCCGGUCGGUCGUAUCCAUCGUCUGUUGAGAAAAGGAAACUACGCCGAACGUGUCGGAGCCGGAGCACCGGUAUACCUGGCCGCCGUCAUGGAGUACUUGGCAGCUGAAGUUUUGGAGUUGGCCGGUAACGCCGCCCGUGACAACAAGAAGUCUCGUAUCAUCCCCAGACAUUUGCAAUUGGCCAUCAGGAACGACGAGGAGUUGAACAAAUUGUUGUCCGGAGUAACCAUCGCUCAAGGCGGUGUGUUGCCCAACAUCCAAGCCGUGCUCUUGCCCAAGAAGACCGAGAAGAAGGCCUAACUUUGCUACCUUACCCUACAAACACAGUUUAAAACGGCCCUUUUCA